AUGAGUCUUGUAACAUUGGAGAACUGUGUGUAUGAAACAGUAGUUUUACCACUUGAUGAAAGAGCAUUUGAAAAAACUUUAACACCAAUCAUCCAGGAGUAUUUUGAACAUGGAGAUACUAACGAAGUUUCGGAGAUGCUGAAGAACUUAAACCUUGGAGAAAUGAAAUACAGUGUGCCAGUGCUGGCUGUUUCCUUGGCAUUAGAGGGGAAGGCUAGUCACAGGGAAAUGACAUCUAAGCUUAUCUCUGACCUUUGUGGGACAGUCGUCAGUAAAACUGAUGUGGAAAAAUCCUUUGAUAGACUGCUCAAAGAACUACCUGAAUUGGUGUUGGAUUCUCCCAGGGCACCACAGUUGGUGGGCCAGUUCAUUGCUAGAGCUGUUGGAGAUGGGAUCCUAAGCAGUACCUACAUAGAUGGCUACAAAGGCACUGUGGAUUGUGUCCAAGCUCGAGCUGCGCUGGACCGCGCCACGGUGCUGCUGAGCAUGAGCAAGGGAGGCAAGCGCAUCGACAGCGUCUGGGGGGCUGGAGGGGGCCAGCAGUCUGUGAAACACCUGGUCAAAGAGAUUGAUAUGUUGCUGAAAGAGUAUUUGCUUUCUGGAGAUGUAUUGGAAGCAGAACGCUGCCUUCAGGAACUGGAAGUACCCCAUUUUCACCAUGAACUUGUAUAUGAAGCCAUUGUACUGGUUUUGGAGUCAACUGGAGAAAAGACCUUUAAAAUGAUACUGGAUUUGCUGAAAACUCUGUGGAAGUCUUCUGUCAUUACUGUGGACCAAAUGAAAAGAGGCUAUGAACGGGUUUACUGUGAAAUCCCAGACAUUAACCUGGAUGUGCCACACUCCUAUUCUGUGCUGGAGCGCUUUGUAGAGGAAUGUUUCCAGGCUGGAAUCAUCUCCAAACCCCUGAGAGACCUCUGCCCUUCGAGGGGCAGGAAGCGUUUUGUGAGUGAAGGAGAUGGAGGCCGUCUGAAGCUGGAAAGCUACUGAAUGUGAGACCUGCCUCCUGAAGCCUUACAAGUUGAAAGGGAACAUAACUCGCUGUCGAUAUAUACAACACGCAUGCUCCUCUGGUGUGUGAAUGGAUACACAUCUAGGACAGACCAAAUUUAAGAGUUGCUUAGCACAGUUCGUAUUUUUUUAAGAGCACAUGUUUUGGGUACAAAUUGUUUUCUUUUUUUUUUUUUUUAAUAGUUUUGUAAAUUUCAGGAAGAAGUGUUCUUUCUUUGGGCAUAUAGUAGAACAACUAGCCACUCUGCUGUGGUGGUGCCUUGAAAUAAGCUAUGUCUGUAUGUGCCAUGUUUAUGACCUAAUCAUUCCACGUGUGCAUCGAUGUCUGACUGCCGCUCGCUCUUUCCAGGACAGUGCUGUCAUCAUAAAAUCACUGGUUUAUACAAAGCUUUAUUAUAGAAGGGUCAAGUUAAGCUGCUGUGAUCCCAUUUCCAUUGCUGCUAAAGAAAUACUGUGCUUUGGGAGUUUAAAAAAAUUAGCAGUUUCUUUGUUUUAAAGAGCCCAAGAAAAUACAGCUGGGGCACAAGACGAAUUCAACUGUUUCAGGGGAGAACACUGGUUGGUUUCAGCCCCCAUGUACCAAACUUGUCUUUUUUUCUAUGUAACUGGAAAAGUGAAAAGUUCUGGUAAAACAUAUUAAAAAUAUUUUUUGUGAA